AUUCAUUUGCGUGAACUUGUCUUGGGAACACGAUGAAGACAUCGAUUAUUGCCUCGUUCAGUUUGUUAUUAUUCUGUGCAUUUUCUAGAACCAGUCAAGGUAAAUGAUCUUUUGUGCUACUUUGCUUGCUUGAAAGAAGUUGCUGUAGUUUUACCGCGUUUGUUUUGAUUCUAGCGUGAAUUACUUCUGACAUGAAUACACAAAUUAUGUAAUAUUACACUUGGUUACCUUGCGUGAGCUACAAACGUUAAUCGAACUUCACGUUUUCAUUGGUUCUUCUCUGAUUAAGGGAGAAGUAUUUCCCCGAUUCGUUAUUCGUGUGCUAAACGAACUUUUCCCUUUUUCUAACGAAUUUUUCCGACCAAAUUUUCGCACAGAAUUUGUUCGCGUCCGUUUUGGUACGAUGGUCACGCGUGCACGUGUUUGGUUUUUUACUGACAGUUGAGCACUCUUUAUUUUUUUGUUUCUUACAUGUCAAGCGCUAAUCAAAUAGCUAUCUGUCGCAUUCAUUUCGGCCGGAGCUCCUUAUAGUUUGCAAGUUAGCUAGCUUGCCAAUGAAUCGUUACUAAACAAAUUACUCCUUGCUCUCUAACAGUUGAUUAUCUCUUGCAUCACUCUCACCGGAAACAGAGGGCUUUUUGAAUAUAUGCACCUCGUCAACGCUACCGGUUUGGUAUUCGAGAUCCCACCGUUUGUGCGAAAUUUCCUGUGUUUAUUUCAGAAGGUGGACCCACCCGGUGAUCACGAUCUCAAUUUCGAUGAGUUGUCGACCGGGCGGAAAUUUUUGUGGACUCUUUACGGGGUAAUCAGAAUUGUAACUACGCCCAAAGGGGAAUUCGAGCCGACAUUUUUCAUAUGCACAGUUUCAGGGACGAAGUAUGUCAAGGGGUCAAAGUAAGUCCUGCUAACAGAGCCUGCAAGAAACCUGGCUCGUAUGAUCAGGCUAACUUGAUGGCGUGACACAUGACCCUUGUCAACUGCUUUGCAGCGGAAAAUAAUUCUACCCAGGCCGAGAGCUCACUAAGUGACGAUUCGCCCCGUUUGGCAUGUAGUCAAAGUGAAUGAUUUUCGAUUAUGUCUCGCUCCUGUGGACUGAAUUUUGUCUUCGAAACAAGUCUCAGGCACUCACACUCGCAUGGAUAUAAUCUGUAAUCGCAGCGUCCAAAGAGUUGCGUUUUGGAAGCAGUUUAUAAAAUGACCUACCUCAGCGACUCGGCACCCGAUGUGUAUUUGACGCUGCUUUUAAAACAAAAAAUGUUGAACAUAUCUGUUAAAAAUACUAAAUAAAGGACAAGAUCAAGAAUCAAUUUCUCUUGGACUAAAAACAUAAUGAAAUGCAAUAUAUUUUUUAUAUUGCAGCCCAUUUACGAGAACGGAGGGAAGCUGCUCCUGAGGUAAGCUGAUUCAGCGAAACUCGUGGAAGGCUUCCAUUCCUUAUAAUAAUUCAGCGGUUAAUAAUUCUUAAAGAGCUGUUUAACUUUUUUUUUUGAAGAUUUAAAACUUCCUGCAUCACUCGUUGCGAACGCUCCCUCCUCUCUUUCGUUAUCCCGCCCCCCCUCCCACCCCACCAAUGGAUUCCGUGGUCGCUUUCGUUAGAUACUCACGGACUAAAUGUUUACCAAUGGUUUAAAAUUUAUUAUUGCUAUAUUUUAUCAUGAAAAGCUGAGGCUCUCAUCUCUUGCUUCGUGGUUUCUUUGAGGGAAAGUGGGUAAAGCUGAAUAAGUAUUUUCGCUUUGUUUAAAAACUGAUGCGUGAGUAAAUUCAAGAUGAAUAAAUUCCGUCCUCAUGAAACACGCGUUUUUUUUUUUUUUUUGGAGCGUGAUGGUCAAUCUUAGAGUAUAAUACAAGAUGAAUAAAUUCCUCCUUAUCAAAGCACUUUUUAUGUAUUUAUUUUUUCCUGAUAGUCAAUCUUAGCGCUUUCCUUAGAUUGGCCCAUUUCUUGCAGAUCACAGUGACCUUAAAGCUCGACUGGAAUGUCACCGCACUUGGUAAACCGAUUCCACCUAGUUACACAACAAUGGUCCCCAACGGAACUGUUGUGAUGGACAUCAUGAACAAAGCAGCAGCCGAAGAUAAGGAGGGCCCCUUCAACCUUUACGAGAGCACUUACUAUGCCGGGCUGGGGUAUCUGAUCACCACCAUAAAUGGAACGGGACACAGUCAGAACACCAAUUCGUACUGGUACAAAUAUGAUGAAGAAAAUGUGUCUAUUCCAUGUGGAGGGGACUCUUAUGUGCCUCAUAACGGGUCCACGAUUCUAUUCCGGUUUACAGCAGACCCUUACCCGAAUAAUAAUAAAAGUGCGAAUGGAUAUUGUGUUUCUCACUCCACCCCUAGUCAGGUUUGUUCGCUGUACUUUAGCCAAGGUUGUUUCUUUUGAACACGAGUCUAGAAAGUCAAUUGAGUGCGUGUAAAGCAAAACUUGCUAGUGAACUUUCCUGAAAAAAGAGAAGAAGAAUACAAGCCUGCUUUAGCUUGCGAGCAGGUUUUUAAUGUUCAUUAGCGCCUGGGCACGAGUGUUUCUUCGCUCGCGGGAAGGAAUGAGAACUUGACCGUCGCGGGCCUGCGCGAGGUAUGCAAGGGGUCUGGCACUAAUUAGUGCCAGUUCCACGAUAAUCCUCGCGCCAAUUCGUCUCAAAACUUCCUGCGAGCGGAGAAACGGACGCAAUGCAGCGCUAAAAAUGAGGGCCCGCUCUUGGGCUGGAUAACUCGUUUGGUUUGCUUUUUCUUUGCUGAUAAACAGUCCAAACCAUCGAUUUGAUUGUUUCGCAACACUUUCGCAUUAAGAAAGUAGAGGCCUUGACCUUAUGCAGUAGACUCGGGUUUAGCCGCUCACGUCCAUUCUCUUCCCAAGAGUCCUCGUUCCUCGUUUCUUUAGGUCACGUGCUCGAAGAAAUUCGUGACGGUAAGUAAGACCGAGUGGCUCUGGGGACGAGAAUGGCUCUUGUCCCAUUAUUUUAAAGGAGGCUCGUACAUAUUCAUAUAGUGUUGAAAGUAUAGAGGUUCUCCCUUGGAAAGUGCGCUCGAACAAUUUUUUUUAUUCUCUCGUUUCGAUGCUUCAAAAAACCCCUCGUUCGUUUUUUGAUGCAUCGCAACGCAACUAGUGAAUGGAAAUUAUUCCAGCACUUACCAUGAUAUGAUGUCUUUAUGUUAUACAAACUGAGAUUGUUUCUUACUAACCGAAACCAAUCAAAGAUUGGAAGCGAACGACUAUGAAAGCACAUCUUUCUUCCAAUCAGAGACACCAACGAUGUUACUUCACAGUGUAAAUCUCAGUAGGUGUGAAAUAAUUUCAGUUCUUCUACGGUCAGAUCAAAGUGUGAACUAGUUCCUAUAACGAACGUACCUGUUCGCUGACUAGGCAUGCAUAAGACACAAAUAUGAAGUAGGAAGAUGGUCUUCCUUUCUAGUUGGUAAAAUUUGCUACGACUGAUGAGGGACACGCUCAUGGAAAGGUUUUUUUUAUUACCUUACGGGAUUUUCUGGACAAAAUGGUUACUAUUUUCAGCAGCAACAGCAAUAGAUUUACGCUAACAAACAUUUUGUUUCCUGCUAAUCAGGAGCCUCCCUCUGCGAUCACAGUUACCAUUGGAAUGGAAUGGAAUACGGAUGUUGUUAAAAAGUCAAUCCCUGCUCUGUACACCACCAAAGUCGCCAGUAACACCAAUCUUAAAGAAAUCAUCAACAAAGCUGCAGAUAAAAAUACCAAGGGCCCUUUUAAUAAGUAUUCAACCACAUACUAUGGCGGACAGGGACAUUUUAUCACUGCCAUGAACGGUACUAAAGAGGUAUGUGAUCAGUGGCCAUUAACUCCUGUUUUACGUAACCUAGAUUUACGGAUUUCACUAUUUUUCGCUUCAAGAUGUUUUUUCAUUUAUGAAGCAAAUUCGGAACCCAAGUUGAUCGCUGCAAACGCUGCCUGAAAUAAAAAGGGUCCUUUCAAUAAAUAUACACCCACCUAUUAUGGAGGACAAGGGCAUUUUAUCACUUCCAUGAACGGACUUAAAUCCUUCUGCUUCCAUGUUUGUAGCCUGCCCCAGGCCGCUAAUUUGUGGAGACGAAUGAGAAAGCCGGGAAAGUGAUAGAAAGAUUAUGGGGGACUAAGGAGAGGCAGGCCUCCCUAAAAUCUCUCCAGUCUUCCCUCGUCUGCUCAUUCGUUUGCGUCCACUGAGCGAGGAAGCCCGGCUCAGGCUGCCAUACUCGUAGCAGAUUUUUCAUAAUUUUCCAUCAUAACUAGGAAAUAGUUCUGUAAAAUUUGUCACCAAGCACCCCCUCUUCCACGUCCAGAAGUUCAAGUUUCUGACGAGCCUUCUUCCCCCUUCCAAACCCCCUCCCCCCUCCCAAACUAAAACUCCAAAAUUAAAAAAAAAAACUAAAAAAGCUGAGAAAACAGAAAGAUAAAAAUGAUAUGGUAGAAUUUCAGUGCAAAUGAAACAACUUAUUUUUGAAAGGGCUAUAGAAUAUUUCGUUACUUGACCAAUGGAAUGCGAGCUGCAUACGGUUUGAAGUCUCGCGUCGUGGCCUUCAUUGCGUUUUCAGGAGGCCUUCCUCCUUCCGCCCUCGAUGAAUCCCUUUUAAAGAAGCCGUGGAAGAUAAUAAGCUCUGGGUGGGGUGGGGAGGGGGCGUUGUUAAAACUUAACUUAACAUCCCUUAAACCCCAUUGGUCAAUUUUUUUUUCUAGGCUUAUUCUGAUUUCAGCCUGAUUUGUUUUGACCCAGGCUGAAGUUUGUGCGACUGACUCUCUCUAAUUCCCUCUUUUUGGAUUGUUUAGGAUUCCAAGACUGACUCGUAUUGGAUGAUCUACGACAAGAAGGCUAAGAAACUCUUCAAACCCUUUGUAGAUCAGUAUAAACCACAGGACGGUUCAACUACAAUCCUAAAGCUCAUAACAGGCCAAGAACCGGAUCCUAGCUGCGGUUGCAAUUUUACAGGGAUGGGUCUGGUAGUCCUGUGCCUCCUGAUAAGUGUGGAGACCUUGUGGUUUUGUUAA